AUGAAUUCUAUUUCAAUCCAUUUUUUUUUUCUUUUUCUUAAUCUUUGCUCGUCAUUUUCGUUUAAUUUCAGUCACUCUUUCCUGCCCUCUUUCGAGGAUAAAAAUGUCGCCUCUUCAAUCAUAAUCUCUCUCUGUUUCUAUCUUUCUUGUAUUCUCUUCUCUGAAACUCGAGAUUUCUCUCUCUUUGUCGUCUUUGCCUUCUCUCUCUCUCUCUCUCUCUCUGUGCGUCGUCUUUGCCUUCUCUCUCUCUCUCUCUCUCUGUCGUCGUCUUUGCCUUCUCUCUCUCUCUCUCUCUCUCUGUCGGAGAAUCUUUCUCUCUCUCUCUCUCUCUCUCUCUCUCUGUCGUCGUCUUUCCUUUCUCUCUCUCUCUCUCUCUCUGUCGUCGUCUUUGCCUUCUCUCUCUCUCUCUCUCUCUGUCAUCGUCUUUUCUCUCUCUCUCUCUCUCUCUCAGUAAAUGUCGUCUUUACCUUCUCUCUCUCUCUCUCUCUCUCUGAAAAUCGUCUCUUUUCCUUCUCUCUCUCUCUCUCUCUCUGUGCGUCGUCUUUGCCUUCUCUCUCUCUCUCUCUCUCUCUGUGCGUCGUCUUUGCCUUCUCUCUCUCUCUCUCUCUCUGUGCGUCGUCUUUGCCUUCUCUCUCUCUCUCUCUCUCUCUCUCUGUCGUGCGUCGUCUUUGCCUUCUCUCUCUAUCUUCAUUCAUUCUCUCUUUUCCUUUUCCUUAUUCAUUCUCUCUUUUCCUUAUUCACUCCAAAGGGCAAAUUGGGAAUGGAACUGUCUAUGGCAUUGGUUGCAUGGGAGGGUGGAUGAUGGCUUUGGCUGGAGCUGCUGGGCCCUGUCUUGCCUCCUUUUUACUUUCUCCUCAGUCUCCUUCUUCUCCAUCAAAAGUGGAACAACUGAAAUGA